AUGCCGAGUCAAAUAUUUAAAGGAAAGGUCUUCGCCGCUGCGGGACCUCUUCCUGGACAAUUUACCGUCGACAAUAUGAAGCGAUGGACUUCUCUACGCAAAGGCGUCUUCCUCGAUGAUUUCGACGAGACUGUCACUCAUCUCCUCUGUACCAGAGAGCAAUGGGACGACAAGAUCCCUAGAAUCAAACAGGCCUUGAAACGUCACAAGAACUUUCCGAUCAUCCACUGUGACUGGUUCGAAUUCUCCACGGUCAAUGAGAAGAGGUUGCCAGAGAGAGACUACUCCAUGAGAAGCCUUCAGGCAAAGCUGAACGCCAAAAGACGAGAGAAAGAACGAUGGGAGAAGGGUAUUCAACAGGGCAAGAAAUUUAUCACAUACUUCUACCAUCUCUACCGAGACCGUCUCAAUUUUGUCUACGAGGUUGACAUCACUCGAAAUGAUGAAGCGACUGGCGAGAUCGGCCAGAAAUAUACCCUCUACUUGUGGGAAUCCAAUGCAAAGCCACAUUUGUACUUAUUCGCAGCCCGGUUUCUUAAGCGGAAAGGCAGCACUCAGCCGUCCUAUCACCGCCCUAGUACUUAUGAAGGGCUAUGGCGGAAUGAGAUGGACCUUUUCAUGGAUUUCUUCAAGAAGAAGACAGGCAUUGACUGGCAAGAUCGUGUGACUCUGGCCAAUACGCAGCCAGGCGCCUACUUUCAGUAUGCUCCUCCGGCCGAAGGAAGACCUGUCGGACGGCGUCUCCGACAUGACCUUGAUUAUUGCCGAGAGAUCAACGCGGAGAUUCUAGGUCUCCCGCAGCCCCCGGUCGAGGAUUCUGAGGGCACGAAAGACUCAUCGGAGAACGAAUUUGAUGCGGGCCCAAGACCCUCUGAAGACGAAGACGUUGUUAUGGCUUCGCCACCUGAUUCUACUCUUGUUUCGGAAGACGAGUAUCAGGAAAACGAACAAGAGUCCAAGUCAGAGCAGGAGCAGAACUUGAAUACUGGUCCCGGAAGCCCUGAACAUGAUACGAAAUCAAUGGCCUCGCCUUGCAAGCCAGAUAAUGCACCAACUGAGGAUGUCACUCCCACCAUCAACACGCAGUCCAUCGAAACUGAACUUUGCAGCACACCAGUCGAGGGAAGACUCGAGACUCCUCCACAUGAUACGGAGGCAGAUGCCAAAAGUACCUCGGCUGGUUCAAAUUCUCCAGACCCUGAGGACACUCCUGUCUCUCCAGUCAAACCUGCUACCCCAGCCCCAUCUAUCGAUGGGAAUGGUAUCUCGGAGUCUUCCAGCGACCCUCUCGUGAUCAUUGACAAAGAUACCGGGAUGGGAAUUUCGCUGGAGUUCGAAUCACGAGAACCAUUAACUUAG